ACUGUUUUCCACUGUAUUCCGACCAAUUUUAGGGCACACCGUGAAAUUCGACCGUACCAUGGGUGGCUGGAUGAUGGAAGUCGGCCGGAUGGCCCUCUAUAUGACCUUCCCGGUGGCGAUGUUCCACUGGUUCAAUCAGCCGGAGUACUUCGAAAAGUGGGUGACCGAGACGAGGCGACAGAUCUUUCCACCGGAGAACAAGGAACACCGGGAGGCGGUCGAGAACUGCAUCAGAACGAUCCGAGAGAAGAACGAUCGCGAGCUGCUCGAGGCGCUGGAAAAACUGGAGAAGAAGGAACGGCAGUAAGGUGCGGGUAGUGGAAUUUAAU